AUGAAUCCUACGGGAACAAUCCGCCGUCGAAACAAGCUGACCAAGAUGUCGUACAAGUUGGUGGUGAUGGGCAGCGGUUGCGUGGGCAAGAGCGCGCUGACCAUUCAACUGGUCAAGAAUUGCUUUGUGCCUGACCAUGACCCCACCAUCGAAGACUCCUACCGCACCCAGCUGAUUGUGGAUGGCCAGUCCUGCCAGCUGGACAUUCUGGACACCACUGGUGACGAGGAAAUGCUGAGCCGGCGCCACCAGUUCAUGCGCUGGGGGGAGGGCUUCCUCUGCGUCUAUGCGGUGGACGACAUCAAGUCCUUCGUGGACGUGAACAUCUUCCGCGACCAGCUGCGCAGGAUCCGGGGCGCCGACCGCAUCCCCUUCGUCCUGGUGGCCAACAAGGUCGACCUAGGUAACAGCCUGGUGACCUCGGCGCUGGGCCAGGAAGCGGCCAAAAGCUUCAAGGUGCCCUUCGUGGAGACCUCAGCCCAGACCCGGCAGGGAGUGGAGCACGCCUUCCAGCAGCUGGUGAGAGAGGUCCAGCGGGCCCGCGCGGAGGCGCUCAGAAAUAUCCCUGAGCCACCGCCUCGGCGGCGCAGACGGGGCUGCACCUGCUCCGUCAUGUGA